AUGACUUAUCAGGCAACAUGUCCGGACUACAUCAGCCAAACUAGGACUAGUACUAACUUCCAGAAUAUUCUCUCCUAUGCCAAGAUAUUAUCCGGUUCUUGUUUCUACUGGCUAAAAUCAAGCCCUUCGUCACUUAUUCCUUUACUUUACGCUCUCGGGGACACAUUCCUAGUGCAAGCCCAUGCUGCUGUGACAACAGCCCUACAACGGCUUGCAGAGACUUGGUGGAAUGUCUUUAUAGCAUAUAAUGACCUGCUGCCCAACUAUUUAGAUGACCGUAUCAUAUCCGCUGAGUCAUCGAUCAGCCUGAUUUCGAAGACGCAUCAUGCAUUUCCUUGGCUGGGUGCCAAGGUUAUGCAGAGUGAACUUACAACUGACAAUUCUGAGACUCACAUUCCCAGAGCCCGGAGCGAGCAUGGCGGCCGAGAAUCACCCGAGGAAUAUGCAGAACCUGGUCCUGCCCACGAGGUAAUAAGAGGCAAGUACAGCAAACAAAAAGCAAGAAUUGUUGUCGGUUGUUCUGUUCAGACUGGGUGGGUACCUAGUACCAUUUUCACCGACAAGUACAGGUUCUGGACUGGCUGGAAUCCAUGGAACAUCAAGUUCAAAAGCCGCACUCCCGCCUGGGAUCCCAACUCUGGCGCAUCUACAAAUGGUCGAGUAUCAUUUGGAUUUGAGUGGCUCAACCUUUGGGCACCCAAAGCCCCUAUCAAAGGCUCCGAUACCUGGGGACCCUCAACCAUAAAGAAUAUCUCGUCCAACACUGCUUUAUUGGGGUACGCACAGAUCAACAUAACAGGUGCGACGUCGCUGGAAGGUUGGCUCAAUGAUCGUGAACUCGGUCAGAAAAAGGUAGCGAUGCUCGAAGCCAUCAUCGGCAGCGUGGUGGUGGACGGCCUUAGGCGAACGGGCAGCUAUCAACUGUUCAAAUUUUCCGAUCCAUCCUGUAACUGA